AUGAUGGAUCGAAUCAACAUCUGUGAUGCGCUGAUCAACGCGAAUCAACAUCUGCUGAAACGUAAUGAAAUCGAGCCAUUUCUGAAAUGUGUCAUAACCGAUGAUGAAAAAUGGAUCACGUACGACAAUCGGAAGCGUCAAAGAUCGUGGAAAAAAGAUGGUGAGCCGUCACAUGCGUUCACGAAGCUAGGAUUGACGCUAAAAAAGGUGAUGCUGUGUAUGUGGUGGGACUGGAAGGGAAUCGUCCACCAUGAGGUACUUCCAGUUGGUCAGACGAUUAAUUCUCAACUCUACUAUGAACAACUGGAGAGGUUACGCCACGCAAUUGAAAAAAAACGGCCCGAAUUGCAUAAUACGAAAGGUGUUGUCUUCCAUCACGACAACGCCCGACCACACAUUUCUUUGACGACCCAUAAAAAAUUGCGAGAGUUUGGUUGGAAAAUUUUGAUGCACCCACCGUAUAGUCCAAACAUAGCACCCUCUGACUAUCACUUGUUCCGAUCUCUGCAGUACUCUCUAAAUGGAAUUAAACUGGCUUCAAAAGAAGCCUCAGCUUCGGAGAAAUCUGGUAUUAACACUUUAUCUGUCCCUCCUUACAUGUGA